UGGGGUUAGCGCCCCCAACAGGCACAUGGGUAGAAGAGGGAAGGCCCCAAAAGUUCAGCCAGGAUUGGGGGAGGGAAUCUGGGCACAGGUCAACACUAACAGGUAUCCUUGGAAGUGAAGCCAGGAGGUAUGGUAGGAAUGCAGGAGGCAAGAUGGCGAGUGGGCCAAAUGGGCUCGAGGAGUGGGUGGGCAGCGCAUACCUGUUUGUGGAGUCCUCGCUGGAUAAAGUGGUCCUGUCUGAUGCCUACGCUCACCCCCAGCAGAAGGUGGCGGUGUACAGGGCUCUGCGGACUGCGCUGGCAGAGAGUGUUGGGAGUCCGGAGGUGCUGCAGAUGCUCAAGAUCCACCGCAGUGAACCGCAGCUGAUUGUGCAGGUGCGUUUCUGCGGACGCCAGCCCUGCAGCCGCUUCCUGCGCGCUUAUCGCGAGGGGGCGCUGCGCGCCGCGCUGCAAGGGUGCUUGGCAGCAGCACUCGCCCAGCAUUCGGUGCCGUUGGAACUGGAGCUGCGCGCUGGCGUGGAGCGACUGGAUACCUUGCUGACGGAUGAAGAGCGCUGUUUGAGUUGCAUCUUCGCCCAGAAGCCUGACCGGCUCCGGGACGACGAGCUCUCUGAGUUAGAGGAUGCGCUCCGGAAUCUGACAUGCGGCUCAGGGGGCCAGGGUAGCGACGUGGAGGUCGCUCCGGUGCCCUCGCAGUCCCUGGAUGCCUCUCUCUCAGACGAGAAGCCGCCGCCGCCAUCUGGCCAGACUUUUCUGUUCCAGGGUCAGCCCAUAGUGAACCGGCCGCUGAGCCUGCAGGACCAACAGACGUUCGCGCGCUCAGUAGGCCUCAAGUGGCGCAAAGUGGGGCGCUCCUUGCAGCGAGGCUGUCGUGCGCUGCGGGACCCGGCGCUCGACUCACUGGCCUAUGAGUACGAGCGCGACGGGCUGUACGAGCAGGCCUUCCAGCUGCUGCGGCGCUUCGUGCAGGCCGAGGGUCGCCGCGCCACGCUGCAGCGCCUGGUAGAGGCACUAGAGGAGAACGAGCUCACCAGCCUGGCAGAGGACUUGCUGGGCCUGGCGAAUCCCGAUGGCGGCCUGGCCUAGGCUGGGUACCAGAGAAAGGGACGAACGGCCAGUUGUCCAGCCCAGGUUUGGAGCACUUGGAUGACCCUAGAGUCCCUUCUGCUGCUACUUCUGAGCUCUGUCCAUCCAUGGGACUCUGAGACCACACUUAUAACCCCACUUAGCCGAACUGUUGGAGCUGCUGGGCAGUGUUGAUUGCCUUCUUCAAGAGUUGGGCAAGCACCCACCAUGCCUACUGGGGUGCCACUGGGGAUUUGGCUCCAGAUACUAUGACAGAGACAGAGUGCAUGGGUGACCUGCGGCAGCAGUCUGCCCACCCCAAAUGAAGGGCUUCUGGCCAGCCCUUACCUCUUCAUUCACUGAACAGGUAACUGCUCAUUAAGCACUUGCUGUGUCCUAGUUAUCAUCCUGGUGCUGUAAAUACUGUGGUGAACAAGAUACAUGAAACUGCCUGCCCCCAGUUCAUACUCAGUGUCGGACUGCAGAUAUUAAGCAACUGUAAUAAAAUAUCACCUGUUUUUUGAUGUGAAAAA